AGAGACGCCGUGUUGCCGAAAGAGAGAAGGCAAAGAGAGAGAAAGGCGAAUUAACGCAAUUUGGGAUCCAACCCAGCAAAAAUCGUGCAGGGGGAUCCCGAGCUGGGAAGAGCGCAGAUUUCGUUUUUUCAACUCGUUCCGUUCAUCGGAUUACAGUGUCGAAAUACAGAGAUGACGUCUUCCACACAUCACACCCUCCUGCUGUUCUGUUCAGCAACGAUUCUGGUCGCCCAUGGCAACUUGGUGAUGUAUGGAGACCCUUUCCAGCCAGUCACUAAAGACGAGAUCGUCUCGUCGGGUGGAACGGUCACUCUGACCUGCACGGUGGAGGACAAUGACAACUCGUCCCUCCAGUGGUCAAACACUGCGCAGCAGACCCUGUACUUCGGGGAGAAGAGAGUCGACGCCCACGGAAACAGGAUCCAGCUGGUGAAGUCGACGCCCACGGAGCUGUCAAUCAGCAUUUCUGAUGUGGAGCUGUUGGACGAGGGAGAAUACACCUGCUCCAUAUUCACCAUGCCUGUGAGGACAGCGAGAGCGACUGUCACUGUGCUGGGGGUCCCGCAGAAGCCUCGGAUUUCAGGGAACACCGAUCCCGUCGAGGAUGGGGGGAAGCUCAAACUCACCUGCACCACUUCAGGAAGCAAACCCCCAGCGAGACUGCGCUGGUGGAAAGAGGGACAAGAACUGGAAGGCUUCCCCAGCACGGUGGAGUCGGACCCGGACGGCCGCUCCUUCAAGGUGACCAGCGACAUCGUGCUGACCGUCACGAAGUCGGACAACCACGCCACCAUCAGAUGCUCCGUCGACCACGAGUCAAUGCCCUCCGCGGAGAAAUUCACCGAAGAGAAGAUCGAAGUGCUGUUCAAACCCUCAGUGGUGAUCAAGCCCAUGAACAAUCUACCGAGAGAAGGAGACAGAUUCCACCUGGACUGUGUGGGCUUAGGAAAUCCAGAUCCCGCAUCGUUCUCCUGGAGGAAGGAGAGCGGGGAGCUGCCUGUCCUGUCCAAGAAAGAGGACAACAGACUGGUGUUCGAGGCCCUCAACAAAUCUGAUGAUGGGACGCUGGCAGGUUCUUCUCCUGUUGUCAUGACCACAGGACUCCGGGAGUUGUUUAGACUACUACUGUCCAAAAUCUGCAUGGGGGACGCUCCGAUCUUUGUCUCCGUAGCCUCGACCUUCUCUACCCGCACGGAUUGGGAGGGCUUCCAUUUCCCAGAAGGAGUCUCUCAGCUCUGUCUACACUCUCCUCUCUUUCUCUCCCUCUCCUCUCUCUCUCUCCUUCUCUCCUCAUUCCGCUCAUCUUUACUGUCAGAGCUCUCUCCUCCCUCUCUCAUUCCCCCCAUCAGCAGCACUCUUUCUCCAGACAGUCUGACACACUCCCCCACUUCCAGCAAGGCACACAGGGACACUACAGGUGUCAUCGAGGGGCCAGACCCGACGGCUAUGCCCGCCUCCAACAGUAUAGACCACGCUGUGAUUGGCGGAGUGGUGGCGGUCAUUGUCUUCAUCGUCCUGUGUCUGUUGAUCGUGUUGGGACGCUACUUGAUCAGGCACAAAGGGACGUACCUAACCCACGAAGCGAAAGGCUCCGAUGACGCUCCCGACGCCGACACAGCCAUCAUCAACGCCGAAGCGGGCCAGUCCGGAGCAGAGGAUAAGAAAGAAUACUUUAUAUAGAGACGGGGGAAUGGGAGAGAGAGAGGGGGGGAGAGGAGGGAGAGAGAAUCGCUAC